CUCGUCUUCAUUUUAAUCUCUCUCACAAUAAUUUUCAAAUUUCCUCUUUAAUAUUCGUGCAAAAAAUAUUCAAAAAUUAUAUAUUUUGAUGGAUAGAGUUCAUGAUCCAGAGCUCGAGCUCCGGCUUGGUAGCAGCCACCACAGUUCGUCAGCGGAUUCAAACUCUUCAAUGUCAAGCACGGUUACAGAUUGGCUCAGAAACGAUCCACAAUAUCAUCAUCAUCAACAUCAACAGCAACAACACUUUUUGCAGCGACAACAGAUUACCUUUUUUUAUAAUGGAAAUAUUUGUGUCGGUGAUGUUACUGAGAUACAGGCAAGAGCAAUAAUAUGCAUGGCAAAGAAAGAGACGGCGGAGGGAACAACAGAGAAGAACAAAGAGAUCCCUUCAUCAUCUCAGUUUCGACCGGCCGUAUCUCCAACACCAGCAACGGAUCUUGGGCCGCCGCUGAUGAGUCCUGGACUUUCAAUGAAGAGAUCGCUGCAGAGAUUCCUUCAGAAGAGGAAGACGAGGAUGGACGCAGCUUCACCAUACAACUCAUGCACAGUCGAGUGGGACCGGCAAUAGCUGAUUUCUCUUACAUUCAGGAUGCAGCAAAGAGAUCUUAAAAUUUGGAUUACUGCACAAAUCACUGAUUCUACAGAAAUCCAACAGAGCUUGGAUGGAUGGAAGAUGGAUGCAUGAAUCUUAAUUUUGAUUUAUUUGUAAUGUUAUUUAUUGAUUUGGUUGGAACACUAUGCGUGACUCAUGUUGAUUACACUCUCUCUUUGGAUGUGAAACAUUGCAUAGAAUGUAGAAAUUAUUAAGAUUUUCCCUGUCUA